AUGACGGACCGCUGCAGCCUCUGGAGCGCCCUGUCGGCCGCCGCCUGCUGCUUCUACCGCGGCUCCUUCAUGCAAGUCCAGUUCUCCAAGGAGAAGUACAUCCUUGACUCCUCGCCCGAGAAGCUUCACAAGGAGUUGGAAGAAGAACUGAAGCUCAGCAGCUCCGACCUGCGGAGCCACGCCUGGUAUCACGGCCGCAUCCCCCGGGAGGUCUCUGAAAGCCUGGUGCAGAGAAACGGGGACUUUUUGAUCCGCGACUCGCUCACCAGCCUGGGCGAUUAUGUGCUGACCUGCCGCUGGCGGAACGAACCCCUCCACUUCAAGAUCAACAAGGUGAUGGUGAAGUCAGGCGAAGGCCGCACGCACAUCCAGUACCUCUUUGAGCAGGAGAGUUUUGAUAACGUCCCCGCCUUGGUGCGCUUCUACGUCGGGAACCGGAAGCCCGUCUCGGAACAGAGCGGCGCCAUCUUCUACUGCCCCAUCAACCGUACCUUUCCCCUGCGCUACCUGGAGGCCAGCUAUGGACUUGCUAAUGGGAAGCACAGUGGCUCACAUGGCCAGUCUGGCCAGAAAGGGGGGCACAUCAAAAGGAGGAGCAUCACCAUGACGGACGGGCUGACUGCCGACAAGAUCACGAGGAGCGACGGGUGUCCCACCAGCGUCUCCUUGCCACAUCACCGGGACAUCAUUCGGAACUGCGCAGUCAGUGUGGACCAGAUUCAAGACCUCCACUCCCCGAUGUCUCCCAUCUCCGAGACCCCAGCAACUCCAGCUUAUAGCACUGUGACUCGUCUCAAACCACAAGCCGGCCAAGCUGGCAACGGUGCCGCCCCGACGACCCCGGUCAUUCGACGCUCUAGCGAGCCGCAGCUAUGCCAGGGGAACGGCAGCAAGGGCGAGCUGUCGGACAGCACCCACUCGACCCCUUCCCACGGGUGCUCCAGGGCAUCCCCUUCGCCUUCUGCCAGCAGCUACAGCGACCCAGAUUCGGGACAUUACUGCCAGCUCCACCCUCCAUCCCCGGUCCAGUGGGACAGGCCAGCUCCUGACAGCAAGCUGAUGCCAGCCAAGAGCUACGUGGAGAGGCUAAAGGGGGACGAGUGCCAGCGUGGGUUUGUCCUGAACGGCUCCGAAGGAGAAGCCGGGCCCAGGCAGAGGCCGGAACAGGACACAGCGGGCUUUGUUCUCCCGGUGGUGGAAAGGACAUCCUCGUUCAACCCCGCACUGUUCCACUCCUUACUUAUUCCUGUGGAAAACAAGCCUUUGGAAAUGGUGGUGCUGAAGAAGAUCAAGGAACUCCUUGCAGAAGGGGAUGCCAGGAUGCUCGCCAAACAUAUCACCCAAGUGGAUUGCCUGGUUGCUAGGAUACUGGGUGUUACCAAGGAGAUGCAGAGACUGAUGGGCGUGAGCUCAGGGAUGGAGCUGCUCACACUGCCCCACGGACAUCAACUUCGGCUAGAUUUGCUGGAAAGGUUCCACACCAUGACCAUCAUGAUUGCGGUGGAUAUUCUGGGCUGCACGGGCAGCAUGGAGGAGAGGGCCUCUCUCCUGCACAAGACCAUCCAGCUUGCUGCUGAGCUGAAGAGCACCAUGGGCAACAUGUACAGCUUCGCCGCCGUGAUGAACGCACUCGAAAUGACUCAGAUCUCCCGCCUGGAGCAAACCUGGAUGGUUCUACGCCAGCGUUACACGGAGGGUGCCAUCCUUUACGAGAAGAAGCUGAAGCCUUUCCUAAAGAGCCUGAAUGAAGGAAACGAAGGACCACCCCUAUCUAACACUACCUUCCCUCACAUUGUGCCUCUCAUUACACUUCUGGAGCGAGACACAGCACUUCCUGAACACCCAGAACCCUGGGAGAACCUGGACAAUGGAGUGGAGGUGGUCAUGGCCCAUCUGGAGGCAGCACGCACGGUGGCUCACCAUGGGGGACUGUACCACACCAAUGCAGAGGUGAAGCUGCAAGGCUUCCAGCCACAACCAGAACUCCUGGAGGUUUUCAGCACCGAAUUCCAGCUGCGGCUGUUAUGGGGGAGCCGGGGAGCCGAGAGCAGCCAGAGCGAGCGCUACCAGAAGUUUAACAAGGUUCUCACAGCACUGUCCCACAAACUGGAGCCCACAGUGCGUUCGAGCGAGCUGUAGCUCGACCACGGGCACGAGAACCCCGAAGAACAAGCCAACAGCUCGCUUUCCGGCAGCAGCACAUCUCAGGCGGGCACGGGGUGAUGCCGAGGUUAUCGUUUUCGUCUGCCAAGGGAAGGACUGAAAGUGAAGCAGCGGAGCCAGGAAUCGGCCCCAAUCAGCCUUCUUUCUGGGUGUGAAAUACUGACAAUCAGCAAACAAACCACAGACUGGGUUGAUUUCUUUCCUGAGAAACUUGACAAUGACCAAGCUCCUCCGGACAACGGUGGCUUGUCUUGCAAACCACAGAGGAAGGUGCACUGGCAAAUUGGUCACGCAGAUUUGAAUGGCAGAUCCACAGCAUGGUUUACGCUGGAGGCAAAAUGUUCUCCGAGUCAAAAUUCAGUACUGGUUCAUACCAGGGCAUGCCUAGUUUUGGUGCCUCACAGUGGUGUUUGAAACCAGAGUGCAAAUCUUCUCCCUGUUCUUUUCUUUACUCUGAGGUUCCUCUGUGUUGUCCUCCAUUGUCAUUAACUGGAGAAGAGCAGCUUUCAGCAGCUUUGAGCGUUCAUGUCUGUCUCUGGGUGUCCAGGGGGCUGAUCAGAGUUUGUUUAGUGCCCCAACCUCAGAAGGGCACUCCCACAGACAGCAAGGUAACGCCAAAAUUUAGCUUUUCUAUUUUCAUGGGCGCCACCUCUAACAUUCAUUCCACAUUCAAUUUGAUCCAUCAUGUGAAGUGAGGCCACAGCCACCUCCCUCACAUUUCCAAGCCCCCAUCUCAGUCCUUCCAUUUACCAGAUAACAUUCCUUUAUUUUCUUAGUCUUUCCUUUUGUUUCCCUCCAUUUUGAUGCUGGGGAUGGGGGUUGUUUAGGUUUUUUUUUCCUCCUGUAAAUUAAAAAAAAUCCAUACAGGGCAUAUAUGUACAUAUAAAUAUAUAUACAUAUGUAUUCAAAUCCCAUUUGUAAAUAAUUAACAUUGUUCUUUUUGGUCUUGUAAAUGAAUGUACAUACACAAUGGGGUGUGUUUCCUUGAUUCUUGCAUACAAUAAACUUUUAUGCUUUUUUUCUUCAAGAA